GACUCAUACAUACACAAAGCUUUAUACUUGCUAUAAACUUUCAUUUUCUUUAGCUUCUUUCUUCGCUCCAAUUUUCUUCUUCCAUAUGGCUUCCCCAGUACCUGCUUGUGAAUCCAACAUAGUUGGUAGUGACAUCCAAGAGAUUCAAGUUUCAGAAGUUGAUGGUGCAAUCCUAAUGUCCCUAUUGGAAGAACCACAAGCCGAAGAGCGUGACGAGGAUCGAUUAAAUAGCUUAAUCAGGUCAUUAGAAGCAGAGAUCAAAUCCAAUGCAAUGGACAGUCACGAUUUUAGCAUGGACCCUGAUUUCCUUGCGGAAGAUGGUCAAGUUUGCAGUGUAGGACAGGAUGUCGGUCAUGAUUGCUUGGUCUCACACGAUCAACACGGCUUUGGACGGAUAGGUACGGUGCCAGAGACUUCAUCACCCAGUGAUGAUAUGAAUUGGUACAUGGACCUUUGUGAAAAUGAGAUGGAGGGUAUUGCUGAAGUUGGACUCAGUGAUUAUUCUCAUAUGUAUUAUGGUGUUUCCUUAGAGGAACAAGGAUACAGAUCAUUGUGGCAAGAAACAUAUGAUACAGUUAUGUUCAAUUAGGCAGUGCUAUGACAUGUACAUUUUGAUUUUAAAGCUUUGGAAAGCACUUUCCUUUCUUUUUUUCCCAAUCUAUUCCAAUUUAGCUAUUGAUGAUGAAAAUUUUCACACCCCA